AUGGAUGUCGAAGUGAAACAGAGAAAUAGGCGGAGAAAACGCGCCCAGCGUAUGCAGGCACAACGUGAGAUCAACAAAGCUGACCAUCUCGAUGGAGACAGCGGCGACGAAGAUGUCAUUCAGGCGAAGCCCCCGAGGCCCCCCAAUCGAAGAAAAAAAUCCAAAGAACCCCUCUGCGAAGAGGAUAUCGUCGAAGGAUUCUCUAUACUCCAGUUCCGUAGCUACGAAGACUUAGAAGUAAGUGUUUGA